AACUUCACUGCUUUGUUUCACCCCAGCAUUGUGUAUAUUAAAUGAACACCAACUAGCAUUCUCUUCUGCUGUUUUAUAAAAGAACCGUCGGCAGACUGUUUCCUUCUCCCCUCGCAAGCUGCCUUGUUUAAUCAACCCGACAACCACAUUCAAUCCAACCUCAUUGCUUCUAUCACAACUGCGAAACCUCAGACUCGUACAGCCUGCGUCGGGUUGGUAUCUCACAUUCUCUCCAACGAGAAUUCCACUCCCAACCCUUCAUCAUGGCUUGUCUUACAUCUCUUCCGGCAGAGAUUCGCCAGGAUAUCCUCGUGCGCCUCUUCCCCGAUUCAAUAUCUAUAUCCCACCCGUGGCGGUCUCUGGUAAUCCUCCUCCAUAUCAAUCGCAUCUUACGCCACGACACCGCUCUCCUGAUCAACAUAUGGACGCCUGUUUCCUUCGUAUCCCGUCCGUCGCAACUACAGGCUCCCAACAAUGACUUCCGGCAAGAUAUUCCUGUAUACCUCAUUCCAGAUUCACUACUGUCUAUAUCCUUCCCGUGGCGGUCUCUCAUUACCCCCUUCCUUGCAAACCACAAUCUACAAUUGAGCACGAGUGUCCUGAAGACUUGUGGAGUACCUACUUCCGCCGUAUCCCGCCUAUCGCAACUUCAAGCUUCCAACUGUAACUUCCGUCCAAACUUUCUGAUUGAUGGCAACCCCUACACGGCAAAAUCACGCCAGCUCACUCUGUCUAUCUUCGAAGACUCAAAGGCGAGGCCCAUUACAUGGGCAAAUCAAUUGGUACUCUGGGCUCCCCGAGGAUGGGUCCCUCACGCCGAACUCGUCCAGGCUUGGAUCGAUGCCGUUCCGAACCUCCCCUCGAACCCUGAGGAGAUCCAUCUCGAUGUCACGCCCGUGCCUGCUGAUUCCCGACGCAAGCAUCCGCUCCAGCUCAGGUCGUAUGUCCAUGAAAGGAGCGCACGCGAACACUUCCUCGAUUCCCACAUUGACGGUGUCUCACGCCUAGUUAGAGAUAUCAACAAGCGGUUCGGUGGUCGCGUCCCCAUUCAUCUCACUGGCUCUUUGAGCGAGAAGAGCGAAUUCUUCGUGAACAAUGUGCGGUCGAAGUCAGGCGUUGAUAUCAAAUUCAAAGGCACGUGGGUGACAGCUAUCGACGCGCUGUGGCCCAGUAUUGCUUAUGCAGCCUCAACGCUCGCGCAUCUAGGGCAAGUGAAGAAAGGGAAAGGGAAAGGGAAAGGGGCGAAUAGGCUUACGCGGUUCAUGAGGAUCAAGUGGUCAUGGCCGACAAAGUGGGCAUUUGCGAAGGUGGUGCAUGACUGGGGUAAUGAUAGGGCUAUGGAAAUUCUGACAGCCUUCGCAAAGUUUGAGAUGGAUGAGAAGAGUGAGUCCAUGAGCUUCGAACCGGUGAGGAAAGAUGAGAGGGCUUUGCAGCAUCAUGUGGCGUAUGAUCUAGGUCUGGAGAGUGAGUCAUAUGGGUCAGGAUCGGAUAGAUAUGUUGUUGUGAGCAAGAGGAUAACGUUCGAGAAUGUGGACACAUGUUUGCCUCUUUAUAGAAAUGAGAUUAAGAGGAUGAAGGAUCAAGCGCAGUCUGCAGAGUUUUGGGCGCUUACAGGACAGCCAUCACCAUUUGUCUAAAGUAGCUAUUUUCUUGUAGACACAAAUGAAAUAUCAAUCAG